AUGCCAGUGGAGAAUAGACCUGCCAUACUAUGGAUUGGCGAUGCAGUGAAGCACAAUCCAGCUGUUUUCAAACGUCUGGAAAGUCAAUUCGAUAUCAUCAGACCCGAGCCCGAGCAACGUCAGCGUCCUGCGUUCUUGCAAGCGCUUCGAUCCAAGACUUGGGGAGAGUUCGAUGCUGUCCUUCGACCCUUCUGGGUGACUGGCGGCGAGAUGGGUCGCUGGGAUACUGAGUUGGUGCCACUGCUUCCCAAAUCCUGCAAGAUCUUUGCCAGUGCUGGAGCUGGAUAUGACUGGGCGGAUGUUGAUGUUCUGGCAGAGCAUGGCAUACUGUACUGCAAUGGUGCACAAGCAUCCUCAGAGGCAGUUGCAGAUAUGGCCAUCUUCCAUAUCUUGUCUGUCUUCCGCAACCUUACGUGGUCUCACCUCGCCGCGCGUUCUGGAGAUACUGAGCAAUGGUUGGAUGCGCAUGCCAACGCUACUAUGACCGCCCAUAAUCCACGCGACCACAUCCUUGGUAUAAUUGGACUUGGGAACAUCGGCUAUACGAUCGCCCAGAAAGCCUUUGCUGGUUUUGGAAUGAAGGUACAUUAUUACGAUGUCGUUCGCAAGUCCCGCCAGCAAGAGGAAGCCGUCAAUGCGACUUUCGUAGACAGUCUUGAAUCUCUGCUGGGUACCUCGGACUGCAUUAUUCUUGCCACUCCGUUUGGUGGAAGCAAGAUCAUCGAUGCCGAACGCCUGGCCAUGUUUAAGGAAGGAUCUAGGUUUGUCAACAUCGCACGUGGGACUCUGGUCGACGAAGAAGCUCUCGUGCAGGCUUUGAAGAGUGGUAGACUCUUCGCUGCUGGACUCGACGUUUUUGAGACCGAGCCAAGUAUCCAUGCCGAGCUUCGCGGAAUGCGUAAUGUGACUUUAACUUGCCACAACGCUGGAGGAGCCAUUGAAACGAAUUAUGGGUUCGAGAGGUUGGCUAUGGAGAACGUUGAAGCGUUGUUGCUCACUGGCAAAGCAUUGACGCCUGUGAAUGCCCAUCUAAUGAACCAUUGA